ACGAUAGUUCCUCCGUCCAGUAUACGAAAAACCUUGAAAGCCUUCGGUUUGUACUUUUCCCUUAACGCUAUCCAUUUUGAUUUCCCGACACCAUACAGAAUGUCUCUCGAUGAAAAAUUUAACAAAGCUGCCGAGGAUAUUAAGUCUUUGAAAGCAACGCCAACGACCGACGAAUUCAAAGAAAUCUAUGCCUUGUUUAAACAAGCUACUGUUGGAGAUGUGAAUGUCGCUCGCCCCGGCAUGUUGGAUUUAAAAGGUAAAGCUAAAUGGGAUUCUUGGGAAUCGAAGAAAGGCAUGUCCAGUGAAGCUGCCAAGGACGCCUAUGUUGCUAAGGCUGCAGAGUUGGUGGCAAAGUAUGGUGCAUGAUGAGAGGACAAGGACGUAUGCUCUGUGCUAUUCUGUAAUUGGAUCAUAUUACGCGGUCGUGAACUCAUGAUAUCUGUUUUUGGAGUAAAUGUAACGGAGGGGAAAAUGGAGAAUAGCUCUUCUUCCACUUGCUUAAUCUCCCGAACUUUCACUAAAUCGCAUGAACUUGAAAUACAUAAAAUACAAAAACUAAAAAAAUGUGGAA